AUGUCUACCAUCACUCACAGCUUUCUCGAUGUUUACAACACCCACCAUCCCUAUUCACGAUGACCACUUCAUCGUCACUGUUCGGGCCGCUCCUGUUGACGGCCACGCUCAAACCGCCAAGUCAUGCAUAGCGAUCUUCGGGUGGUGCGGAGCAGCAGCAGCAGCUCAGGCAUCUAUACUUGGACGCUUCCUGGCCUUGUAAACACUUCAGAAUGUCUUCCUUCUGGCUGGGCCACGUCCUCGCAUUAUUUCCCCUUAAUAUGUCGGGGGCAUAUGCCACUGUAGCCAACACAACCGUUGACAUUGACGGUACUGCAACAGAACCCAGGCAGCUUGUCCUAUGUCAGUCAGGUCCAUCCCCGCCAAUGGUCGCAGUGAUCACACAAAAUGCAGCCAGGUCCAGGCUAACGUCGAUCGCAAACCCCAGACAUGGCGCCAACACUUACUCAGUCCGCCCCAGGACCACCUCUACCGAUUUUUGAUACUAGCCGAAAGGUGCCAGUACCAACCAGGCG